UAUAUGAUGGCCAAAAGAUACGCUUCCAAGCCGAUAUAAAAAAAUAUUUCUCUUAAUUUUCGCUAUGUAUACUUACAGCUACCUUUUUAGUAAAUUUUAAUUCAAACUGUUUUUCUACAAAUAAUAAUAUGGUUUAUUUACAUUUUCCUUCUAAUUUGACUGAGGAAGAGUUAAUGCUCCAAGCAAAAUAUCAGAAGUUAAAAAAGAAAAAAAAAGCACUACAGGCACUAAAAGCACCUAAACAAGAGCCCGAGAAACCUAUAUUACCAAAACGACCUACAGAAGCUCGCGAUGCACGUGAAAUAGCGCGUAAAUUAAUCAAAAGUGGAGCAAUACAAGCAAUAAAGAGCCCUCCUCCACAGCCUCAAAAUGCUACCUUUAAAAGACCACGAGCAGGUAGAGAAAGAAAACUGAGUGGGUCAGCAGGAGGAGCUGGAGGAGUAGCCUCGUACCAACCCUUUAGUGCCUCACAGGAACCUCCACCCCCAGAAGAAAAAGCUGCUCCUCGAGUCAAAUAUUUGUAUGACUCUUUUGUCACAGCCCGUGAUAAAGAAGAGAAGACACCUCGGAUUCACGGAGGAGGUGAUACUCCUGCAACAGGUGGUGGUAGAAGUUCUACACUACUUGUAACGGGUGCUCGCAUUACUGAAGAGGCAAUUAGACGUCUUUUAACAACAUAUGAACCAUUCACAUAUAUACAGGAACCAGAUGAUGAUAAGGUAUUCUUAACAUUUGAUUCUGUUGAAAUUGCAAGCCAUGCACAAACAGCACUAGAAGGAUGUGAAGAAGGCUGGCGAGUGACAAAUUCUCGAAGGCCGCCAACAACAGGUGCGUGGGCGCCCGCAGCAUCGCCACGAAAUCCACCUCCGCCGAAAGAUGCGAAACGUUCUUUAAUAACAUAUGAUGAUAUAUUUGAAUAAAAAAAUUAAAUCUA